CGGGAGGGGAGAACCGCCUCCGGCCGCCGGCGGCCUCCGCCCCUCCUCACACGGGGCUUUGUCCCCUGGCGGCGGCGCUGAGGGGAGGCGGUGAGGCGGCUCCGCGCUGAGGGGCGCUCGCGCCGCCUCGCCGGCGCUUCUUCCCCUCCUACCCCCCCUCCCCGAUCCCCCCGGGAAGCGCCUGGCUGCGGGCUGCCUCUCGCUCCCCCCCCCUUCCCUUUUCAUUUUUAUUUUAUUUUAUUUUAUUUUAACCCCCUCCCUCCCUCCCGGGCGGCGGCGGCCCGCCUACCUUUCCCCCCCCCCUCCACCCCCAACCUCCCCUCAGCCGCCUUCCCUCGCCCGUCAUGGCGACAUGAGGAGCCCGCCGGCCGCCGCCGCCGCCCCGGGCAUGGGCCCCGCACGGUGCUGAAGCGCCGCGGAGGAGCCCCGGCGCCGCCGCCCCGCCAUGGGGUGCUGAUGGCCGGGCCCCGCCGGGCACCCCGCCGCCGCGCAGGGGAGGAUGUAGCCAUUUCUCCAAGGCAGAGGGAUGAGGUCAUCCAGUGGCUGGCCAAGCUCAAGUACCAGUUCCACCUUUACCCAGAAACGCUCGCCCUGGCCAUCAGCCUCCUGGACAGGUUUUUAGCUGCAGUAAAGGCCCGUCCAAAGUACCUCAACUGUAUUGCAAUCAGCUGCUUCUUCCUCGCUGCAAAGACCAUUGAGGAAGAUGAGAGGAUUCCAGUACUGAAGGUGUUGGCUCGGGAUAGCUUCUGUGGUUGUUCUCCAGCUGAAAUCCGCAGAAUGGAGAAGAUCAUCCUGGACAAACUGAACUGGGAUCUUCACAUGGCAACGCCACUGGAUUUCCUUCAUAUUUUCCAUGCCAUGGCAGUGUCCAGCAGGCCGCAGCUCCUGGCUCUGCUGCCCACGCUGAGCCCGUCACAGCACGUGGCAGCGCUCACCAAGCAGCUGUUGCACUGCAUGGCCUGUUUCCAGCUGCUGCAGUUCAAGGGCUCCAUGCUGGCACUGGCCAUCGUCAGCCUGGAGCUGGAGAAGCUGCUCCCCGACUGGCUGGCUCUCAUCAUCGAGCUGCUCCAGAAGGCACAGAUGGACAGCUCGCAGCUGAUCCACUGCCGGGAGCUCGUGGCACAUCACCUUUCCACUGUGCAGCCUUCUCUGCUGCCCAACUCUGUAUAUGUCUACAGUCCCCUCCAGCAGACCCUGGUGACCUGUAACAGAGGAGCGUUCCACCGCCAGCCCUCCUCUGUCCCAGGGCCGGGUCUCUCCAAGGACAACGGCCGGCCAGAAGCGCCAGUCACAGGUACAGCCGCGCUCUACCAGCGCCGUCCCGCCCCCGCCGGCGGCUGCAAACAGGCCUCCGCCAAGCGCAAGGUGGAAGAGAUGGAAGUGGACGACUUCUACGACGGGAUCAAGCGUCUCUACAACGAGGACCUCGCCCCGGAGGUCGUGGCCCUGGAGAACAUGGGCUCUGUUUGCGGCGCCGACGUCUCGCGGCAGGAGGGCAGCGUGUCCCCUUGCCCGCCCCUGCAGCCGGUGUCUGUCAUGUAGCUGCCAGUGCCACCACCCGCUCCAGGAGCCCCGCCGGACCCGGCAGCCCGCGUCCUCAGUGGGGGGAGAAAGGGCCAUACCUUGUCAGGCUGAACUGAAGGGAGCCAAAAAAAAAAACACCAAAAAAAAACCCCAGGAAAAAAAAAUCCCAACCCCUUUUGAAUUUUAUUUCUUGUGCGGCUAAUUAUAGUUCCACUAUUUAAGCACUUAAAAACACAAAAAAGUAUAAAAAUCUAAAAAAAGACCCAAAAACCAACCAAAAAAAAAGUAGCAAAAACCUGUUCCUUUCUAGUGUUGUCAGUUCCACUGUUUUUCUGCUCCUGUGUGUUGUAACCCAUUCUCCACACCUGAGAGCUCACAUCAACCCUGCAGAGCUGUUCCAGGUUUCCCAGCCGACUAACACCUCUCUGAUCCCAUUCCGACCUGCUCCUCACUCCCCUUCUGCUUGCUCUUUUUAAUUCUCAGCCAGUCUUGUGCUUGACGUUCUGUCCUGCCCCACAGCUUUUUCUUUUGCCCUUCUAAAAAAAAAACCUCUUUCCUUUUGUUAAUACUUGGGUGUUUAAAUGUGAUAAUACUGCAAAACUGGAUUUAAACAAAAGGUUUUAAACAAAACCCCAAACCAGUUCUCGCAAGCUGCUCCACACUUCAGUAAUGCCCACAGGAGUGUGAAGGUGCGCUGGAAGAACCCAGGGGCAGCUGGCCCUGGUGCUCUGCCUCACAGAGACUUCUCCAGUUACACCGGUUUGCUUCUCCCAACACAGAAAGCAGUUACUGCAUUUUCUAGCACUAGAACCAAAACGGUAUUUUUUUCUUGUUUGCACCGAGAAAUGUUGCACUCAGUGUAAAUUUUCACCAAUGCUUUACCCUCUCCAUGAAGUGUAAGCUUUGAAUUGUGCAGAGCCUGGUUUUGCCCACACUUUUCCCAGCACCGCUGGGUGAGGUGCCGGGACAGCUGUGGAUGCCUGAGGUUUGGAAUGUGUGUCCCUGUCAGUCACAAAACCAAAACGAAAGACCCUGAUCCUCGAGUUUUGUGUUCAUGUAACUUCUAACCAAGAGUCAGACCUUUAAACCUGUCUCGUCCCUGUGACACCCCGUUCUCAGAACGCCCUGUCCCGACUGUACGCUCUCUCCACAGCCCUGAGGAAGGUAUCCUAUCUGGAGCCAUUGUACUGAUGAAAGCCUUCUGGUAGCAAUAAAGAAAGUUGUCCUGGA